AUGUCUGGACAUAAGUAAAUUUAGCGUAUUAACUUGCAAAUCAUAAAGACUUACAAAUUACAACGUUCUCCAAUAAUAUCAAUAUCUCUUGAUCAUCAAUAAGGUUAGGAACAUUUAUAUUUUGGAACAUGUGAGGAGCCAUCUAAUAGAUUGGCAUAAUAUCAUGAUUUGAACUUGUUUGUUAAUAAAGCAUUUUAUUUUGUUCACAGAAAUACUCAAGAAGUUUAUUAAGGUCUUCUUCCUAUCAUGUAUUAUGCAUUUUAUAAAAAUCAAUUUACAAAUAUGAUUUUUUUAGGACCUCCAGGAAUUACUUAAUUUAUUAUGCAAACUAGAUAUAUUAUUGGAAUACGUAAUUUUGCUUUUGGUGCUAUGGAUUUGAAUAAGAAUAUGAUAAUUAAAGAAUAGAAAUUUGGAGUAGGAGAUAAAAAUUCAUUUUUAGAGAUGCUCAAAGCUGCUAAUGAAAAAUAAAUGUAAUCUUUGAAAGGUAUUAAUUAAUUUUUUUCUGAUAAAAAACCAUAAAACUAUGUCAAUCCAAUUCAAUUAGUUUAUUAAAAUAAAUAUCUUUCAUUGUAAUACUCUAAAGUAAGACCUUUCUUUGGAAAUAAGUAAAAUUGAUAUUAUCUUACUGUAGUCCUAAUCUUACUUAAUAUUUAGUGACCUUUAAAGUUGACACAUUUGUUGAUAAAGAAUUACUUAAAAAAUUAAAAAUUUCUUUAUCUCGUAUACCUGAUAUUAGAGAAGGAAAAUUUAAUUAUAAUGGAAGAUUUAUAUAAUAUGAUGAAAUUAAAAAGACUAAUUAUGAAUUAAUUUAAUAAGCAAUACUUCUAUUAGAUUUCAAAACUGAAAUUGAAAUUUAAGAUUUUACUAAAAAUAUAUUUCCAUAGUUAUAAGAGGAAUUAUCAAUUUAUAAUAUGGAAUUUUAGAAUUCUUUGAAAGAUCAGAAAUUAGAUCAAACUCUUUUAAUUAUUCAUUAUGCUGAUAAAUAAUUACUUGAAUCCAAUCAAUAUACAAAUUUAAUUGAUUAACUCAAGUUAUUAAAUUAUAAAUUAAUCCACAUUAUAACUUCUACAGAGUAUUAUUUUUAAUUUAAUGAAUCAAAUUAUUAAUAAAAUUUAUCAUAUUAUUAUCUAGAUUAUUUGAAAAUUAUGAAAGAUAAUAUGCCUUCCUUAUUCAAACGAUAAAUGGAAUAUAAUUAAUUUAAAGAUCGUCUAUAUUUAACAAAUCUGAAUAGUUUAUGGCCAAACCAAGUAAAAUAUCUUCCAAUAAAAAUGAAUACUUUAUAGAUUACUAAAGGAGUUUUAACUUUUUAAAAUUUAAAUUAAAAGUAAUUAAUUUAGUACUCAUUAAAAGGAGAAGCUUAAAAAAAAUUAAUUAGAUUAUAUAAUUCAAUUCCUAAAACUAAAAGUGAGAGUUAUGAAAUUGUUAUGUUGGGAACAUCAUCUUCAAUUGAAACUUUAUCUAGAAAUGCGAGUGGAAUUUAUGUAAAUCUUACAAAUGUAUCUAUAUUGAUGGAUUGUGGAUAAAAUACUUUAAACUAAUUUUAUUUUAGUUGUAAAGAUUAUUAGAAAUUUGAACAUUAAUUAAAGUGUAUUAAUGUCAUCUAUAUAUCACAUUCUCAUAAUGAUCAUCAUUAAGGAUUGUUUGAUUUUAUAAAACAUAAAUGUUUAAUUUCAAAAGAACCAUUUUUUCUUUUGCUUCCUAAACCAAUUUAUUUAUGGUACUCAUAAUUAUUAACAGAUUUUUUUAAGGAAGAAUUUGGAAUGAAAUCUUAUGUUCAUUAAAUUAAAAUUGUAUUUACUAAUGAUUUAGUCAAUAGUAACAAAACAGAAUAAAUUAACACUUUAUCAAAUAAUAAUAAAUUUGAUGUUAAUCAAUUAGAAUCUGAAUAAUUUCCAGAUAUAAACUUUGAAUUUUAAUUUGAAAACGAUUUUAACAAACUUGAGUUUUAAGAAUUUUUAUAAAACAAAAAUAUUAAAUUGGAAUUUGAAAUGACAAAACAUUGUUAAUAUAGUACUGCAAUCAAAAUAAAUUCCAGAGGGAAAACUAUUGUAUAUUCUAGUGAUCGAUUAGGAAAGUUAAAAAAAUCUCAUAAGUUUUUUUAAUUUGCAUAAGAUUGUGAUCUUUUAAUUCAUGAAUGUACAUACCCAGAUGAAAUGCUUGCAAAGUAAUUUUUUUUAUUUUAUUUCAAAUAGAGCUAUAGAAGUUAAUCAUUCUACAUUUUUAUAAGCUUUCUUUAAUGCAUAUGAAUUAAAUGCAAAGAAUUUAGUCCUGACUCAUUUUACCGAUAAAAGUCUUUUCUAUCUCAAAGGAUUCUUCAAUGAUUAAGGAGAAUUAAAUGUGCCUUAAUUUCAGACAUAAAUAAAAUAAUAUUCUUAAUUUGCUACCAAACCAUAUAAUAUAGAUGAAGCUAUUAACUAUUUUGAAAAUAAGGUUGUAUUUGCAAGUGACUUUUUAAACUUUGGAGAUGGAAAUAUUAAUAAUUUAAGUUAAAUAUCACGUAUAAUUUUAAAAAGUCUUCUUCCUUGA